GAAACCGAGCAUCAGAUGAAGGUCCACUUGUUCUACCAGCAGCUCCUGAGCGAAUCUGUGUGGGGGCCACUGGACCUGCUCAGUCUGGUGGCAGCAAGCGUCUCGAACCCAUCUGACACAAUCUUCUGGAAGGCAGCCCUCUUGUUGCCAAGUGAUCAUGAAAGAGAUGCCAGUGUUGCUAACCAGAUUUUGACAGAAUGGCUGGAGUCCAAAUUCGGUAACUCGGAGAAGCAAGAACACAGGGAGAUGGUCCCCAACGGACACAUGCAAACCUUGAGCAUCAGCAGCGGCCUGCGGAGCGUGGGGGAGCGCAUGCACACAGUGCACGUGUGUGUGAAGGUGGCCCGCGGGCCCCUCAGCGAGGAAGGCCAGUUGGCAUUGGAGAAGCGGAAGGGGCUGAUGGGCAUGGGCGCCCUGCUGAUGCUGCUGCCCUCGGCAGUCAGUCCCGGGGCUGAUGAGGAAGACGGGGACAUCUUCCUGUUAUCCGCCCUGCUGCAGCUCCGGCAGAUCCAGCAGGCUAAUGCCUGGCCACAGGCCCUUCCUCUGGUGGUGGUGGUCCCAGGGCAGGCUGGGCACAGGGCCAGCGAUGAACGGCUAGAGGAAGACCUGAUGCUUCAGACACUCAUUGAGGAAGGUUUGAUUUCAGAGUACAUGUUCGUCCAUAUCCCCGAGACCACGAACGAACCCCAAGGAUCCGAGCAGAUCCGCCAUGCCGUCAGGUGGCUCGCUGCCCGCUCCACGGCACCAGCCCGGCUCGUCUCGCAGACGUUGGUGCAGGUUGUGGAGGCCGGGCUCUGCCGCGAGUUUGCUGGUAGGCUUCACCGUGAUCGGAGGGACCGUGACAUGGCGGGACUGCCCUCCCAGGGCCCUGCACCCGUCAUCGGCCUCUACAACACUGUCCUGGCUUUCUUGGCUGGCCUUGUGUCGUCCCCGAGUCUGGCUGGCCUCUCCUGGCCCGUGGCAGAGUUCUCGGUGCUAGGGGGUGGUGCCUACCACAUCUGCUCUGGAACUCGGCUGAGCACCUGGAGUGGCUCCAGGGGGCAGUCCUGAGCCUGCGGCUGCCCGACUGGCCGCUGCCAGCCGUGGGGGCUCCUUGGAGCCAGCUGGUUGCCUCCAUCUUCCAGUACGUAUCUCAAAUCCCAUGGUCCCGCCACAGCCAGCCACUCCUUAUGUCCCAGUUGGAGAACCUUUUGGAGAGGCUGCGUCAGGACUG